AUGAUUUUCACAUAAUUUAAGUAAAUCUACCCCUCUAAUUGUUUAUUCUUGACUUCUCAAAUUGAUAAAUCAUCAAAGUUUUUUCUUUUCUCACAACCUUUGAAAUAUAUUCUAAUUCAUACAAUAUACUAUGAUUUUUACAUAGAUUAAAAAUAAACUCUAGCACUCUGAUUGUUAUUCUUGACUUCUCAAAUCCAUAAUCAUCAAGUUCCUUCUUUGAUCUCAAUCUUGAAGAUGAUCAAUGUGUUUUGAAAUAUUAUGAAAUAUGAAAAUAAGUCUAGAUCUUUCUAAAAAUUUAAACAAUGUCAUCUUACAAUUUUUUUCUAUUCGAACCCGCCUCAUUUUAAAUCUUGACUACACUUGCUCGUAGACAAUCAUCAACCUAUCUAGUCUAUGAUUCUGCAUAUGUCCAUCGAAUUUCUGUAGGUGAAGGGUUUUGCGAAUCUUCCAUUUAUUAUUUCUAACGAAACUCAGUGUAGUUUGAGGAUGACCAACUCAAUAAUCUCUUCAAUGAGGUGAAAUGCCUUAAUUAGGUUAGUGAUGGAUUAUCGAUCCAAACCACUUGUUCGGGAACUUGUCUUAAGGGGCAACUCUACGACGAGACUUACUUUUGUCCAAUCUUUAGAAGCACUUAUAAAACGGAGAUUCUGGGCAUGCUUUAGCAUUGGAGCUACAUCUUUUUGAUUCUGCUACUCCUAUUCUCUAAUUCCACUAACUAUUUUUCUUUAGACUUAUCGAAUUACACUACAAAAUUAAGUUCACACCCCGCCAAACCUACUUGAUUAGGAGAUCAAAGACCAAGAACCACAUAAUAGACUAUGGUGACGGGUAAGGCUAGCACCAUUCCACACAGCACCCUGCAAAAAAUAUCAAUUCAAUGUGUCACAACUCGCAUCCCUUUUUCAUCUUAUAAUUAUGCGAAAAAAGAGUAAAUAUGUAAUGGGAAAGAGAGAUUAUAAAGAAUAUUAGGGUAUAUAUUUGUGGAUGCAUCAAUUGAGUGUAUAAGAUUAAUUUAAUUUCAAAAUUUAUAAUGCUGAUGUUUCUGAAAAGCCGUUGUUGUUUGCAAACUCGAAAAUAUCUAUUUCGUUUGUCUCUAUUCUGAUUGAUUCGCUUCUUCCUUAGUUUUUAAUUCUGUAAAAUGUAAUAAGAAAAUGUGUGAAUAUAAGAAAAAAAUUAUUUAUGAUUUACUUGUACUUUAAAGGGAAAUUAUUUGGUUCAAUUAUAGAAAUUUAUCUAAUAACAUUCAUCUAAACACUAUUAUAAGGGCAAAUUUUAUGAAUUAGAAUGCAUAAUUUAGUUGUAAUUGUAGACUAUACCUUUCUGUUAAAGUCUAGUUUUAAGGUAGAACCGAUUAUAGACAAGUAAAAUCAAAGUUAUAUAUUAAAUUCAUCCGUAUUUUUCCUUGCUAUAAGAACCAAAACUAAUUAGCGGCUGAACCAGUAGAGUUGCAAAUUAGUCACAAUAGCGAUUCGAUCCAUUUGCUUGGAUGACUCUAGGAUGGAUCGAAUGGUUUUUAACGAGUAUGCUCCGUGCCUAUUACCUACUCCAACUGUCCAGGAGAUUGCGGCCCGUCGUGGAAAGGUCAAGAUGUCGGGAUACGACUCGAUUGGCUUGGGAGAUGGGGAUGGGCUACUGAACCCAAUGUUGAAGACAAAGCACCAGACGGUUGUGGGCUUAGUUACAUGCGUCUGGACUGGGUCCAAGUGGAAGAUGAGUGGAGCUCGUUGAACAAAGCGUGGCGCGGGCCGACCAGAACCCACGAGGAGGAGUAGAUGGGCAGAGCCUACCACACGAGCCGGUUGGGCAGCGGGUGGAUAGAACGAUGCUAGUAUAACCCGAAUCGUACAGGUCGUAUCAAACCAGGUCGGAGUAGAACUGAAAUGGUUCGAACUGAAUCAGACAUCAACAUGAAGUAGGGGAAGAGGCGGCCCCCUAGCCCCUAGGAUCGUGGCAUCAAACCGUCCUCCCAAGCGCACAGUGGAGAUUGAGUAGGGAUCGAGGACUCGAUUAGGUUGAAGAGGAAUCUAAUCUGCCAGUUGGAGAAGGAGGACGAAUGGGAGUUCACCAACCCACUAAUGCAUGAGGAGAGGCACAAUUACCACGACAAUGGGCACUAGGACGGUUCUUGGAUAGUUAGGUACGGUGGAUAUAACUCUGCUUAUGAGGGUGAUGAUGAUAUGAUUUUUGGGAUCAAAACUGAGUUCCCAAAUUCAAUGAUCAAGAGCAUGUAGGAUUGUGGUUGUAGACUACAUACAUGUGGUUCAAAACACAUGAUAAUUGCAAGGAAAUCCUUCUACUUAGAGGGAGAUGCUUUGCAGUGGUGUGAAUGGAUGGAGAGAUCCUAUGUCGAGGUCGAGAUGCUGAUCACUUGGCCGAGGUAUAAGGAGGAGAUGAGGUUUCAGUUUGGCCGGUCGGAAAGAUGGAUGACAGAGUACACAGGUAAUCCCGUUUUGGAUAUUUCAUUAUUUGGAUUUCUUGUCGGGUUAUUUCUGUUUUGAUACUUUGAAUGUAUUUUAGACGUUUUUUAUAAUAAUAAAUGAGAAUUUUGUAAUAGUAACAGUCUACUUAUAUAUUCUGUAAUUGUGGAGACUAUUGUUCAUUAAGAAAAUUUCGAACAAUAAUUCAGGAGUCCUUAUCUCUCUGCCUACCCUCGGCCGAAAACCUCACUCUUUCUCUUAUUCUUAAAAUAAUUUCCUAUCUAUUCUUCUAAUAUCUAAUUCUCUAAUUCCUCCAAUUCCCUUAUUGUCCUCAAUUGCGAAAUCCUAGACGUUAACACCUAAAUCAAUAGUUCUUACAAAAACCUUCAAAACCAAAUCUCCCACCCAAACGAACCAGACUCUAAAAAUACCAACAACUUUCUAACUAUACGGUACCACAUAUAUAGUAGCAUUGUAUUCCCAUCUAGCAAUUAAAGGAAAUCUCCCUCCCCUCCCCCCAUUACACUAAAGGCUCGUUUGGAGAAAAUGAUUCGCGUCAUGAAUUCACUAAAUUCAUAGAUUCACUAGAAAUUUAUGUUUUUUUUUUCUACUUUUUGUAUCAUAGAUUUUAUGUUUAGAGAUUUCAAAUAUCUAAAAUCUAGAGAUAUGAAACCUCUUAGAGAGAUUCAUAAUCUAGAUUUUGUGAUUUUUUCUCCUACCUUUUCUCUUUGUAUUUAUUUAUUUAUCCCAACAAAUACCCUAACCAAUAAAUUCUCAAUAUUGCU